CCUGUCUGCGGAUGUCACUUCCUGCAGACAGAACCGAGACGGGGCCAUUCUCUUUAGUGUUUGCCGUGUCUUCCCAAUGUCCAUCUCCUCACCGCCCGCAUUUUGAUACAAACCCAACACAGACUGAGCCUCGAAACAGCCUCUAACGAAGGCACACGUUAGUAAACCAACGUGCCCCAUGGAGAAACUAAAACACUGAAGUAAAGGAGCGACGAGGCAGAGCUUGCAUUCAAACCUCCUCAAUCAACAGUUCCUCCCACUUUGGCAUUCACCAUUGCUGAACUGGUCAAUUCUAAUCUUGACUUCAGCCAACUAAGCUACACUAACAAGGAUGUCUCAGCUCCAGUUUCAGUGUCCAUCUAGCCCCAUGCCGGCUGCACCUGCCCCACUGCAGCUGGGGCAGCCACAGCCCGGUUACAGCAUCCCCUGUGCCUCAGGCACCUUACCCUCAGAGAGCGCGAGCCAGCCCAUUAGGAGCUCCGCCCUCCCUGCAGGCUCUGCCACCCCCUACAAUACCACAGUAUCUAACAUGGCAAACCCUAAAGAGAAGACCCCCAUGUGUUUGGUGAAUGAGUUAGCCCGUUUCAACAAGAUCCAACCUGAGUAUAAGCUGCUUUGUGAGCAAGGACCUGCUCACUCCAAGAUUUUCUCAGUGAGACUCACACUGGGAGAUCAGCACUGGGAAGCGGAGGGGACCAGCAUCAAGAAAGCCCAGCAUUCCGCUGCCGCUUCUGCCCUCGCUGAGACAACGCUUCCCAAGCCCACCAUGAGGACACCCCGCAACACAGGCAAGAACCCAGUAGAUGGCAUGACACACACUAUGGAGUUGAACGCACUAUGUAUGAAGCUUGGUAAAAAGCCUAUGUAUAAACCCAUCGACCCAUACCCGGGGAUGAGACCACCAAACUUCAACUACAACGUCCGAGCUCCAGGGCCGUACCAACGCUCUAUGCAACAGUACUAUUACCCAUUUCCUCCAGUGGGACCGAUGUUAUAUCACAUGGAGCUUUCCAUUGGAGGUCAGCAGUUUGUUGGAAAGGGACGCACGCGGCAGUUAGCCAAACACGACGCUGCUGCCAAGGCCAUGAAAGUGCUGCAGAAGGAGCCAAUAUUGCAACAGUUGCCAGUGAUGAAUGGAGAGCCGGAGGAGGAGAACCUCAACAAAUCAGAAAUCAGUCAAGUUUUUGAAAUAGCACUUAAACGCAACUUACCUGUCAACUUUGAGGUUUUAAAGGAAGAGGGCCCUCCACACAUGAAGAGUUUCUUAGUGUGUGUUACAGUCGGGGAGUUCACUGGCGACGGCGAGGGAAAGAGUAAAAAGAUUGCCAAGAAGCUGGCGGCAGCAGCAGUGCUGAUGGCGUUGAAGAGGCUACCCCACAUACCUAGCGUAGAAAAGACGUUGCCACGCAUCAAAAAGAAAACCAAAUCCAUUAUCAAGCUGCAGACCAGCCCAGAGUAUGGUCAGGGCAUGAAUCCCAUCAGCCGCCUGGCCCAGAUCCAGCAGGCCAAGAAGGAGAAGGAGCCGGAGUACAGCAUGGUGACCGAGAGAGGUCUACCACGGCGCAGAGAGUUUGUCAUGCAGGUGACCGUGUGUGGCCAGUCUGCCGAGGGACUGGGACCGAGCAAGAAGGUGGCAAAGAGGAACGCAGCCGAGAAAAUGCUGGACCUCUUGGGAUACAAAGUGCCUCAGCCUCAGCCCCCAAAACCGGCACUAAAAACUGACGAGAAGACCCCAGUGAAAAAACCUGGUGAUGGGCGUAAAGUGACCUUCUUUGAACCUGGCUCCGUAGAGGACAUGGCACUGAUUUCUAAGGAGGAGGACUACCGGCUGCCUUACCUGAGCCACCAGCAGCUGCCUGCAGGUAUCCUUCCCAUGGUACCUGAGGUGGCUCAAGCAGUCGGGGCCUGCCAAGGAUCCCAGGUCAAUCGACCUUUGCCCAACCCAGGCAAAGCCACAAUCACUGCCAUGAUUGCCAAUGAGCUGCUUUAUGCAGGGGCAUCUCUGACUGCUGAGACUAUCCUAAAGAACAAAAAUAACCUGAACCAACUGCCCCACGGACCUCUCACCAGGCCUUCAGAACAGCUCGGCUAUCUUGCAUCUGUGCAGGCCCUGCAGGUGGAAUACAAAGAUUUCCCCAAAAACAAUAAGAACGAGUUUGUGUCACUGAUUAACUGCUCAUCCCAGCCACCGCUCAUCAGUCAUGGGAUUGGGAAAGAUGUAGAAUCCUGUCAUGAUAUGGCUGCACUGAAUAUACUGAAGUUGCUUGCAGAGUUGGACCAGCAGUCAAAUGAAAGAACAGGAAAUGGACCAGUCUCUGGGUGUGGCAAGCAGGAAAUGGAAGGUGACAUGCACCUCAAACAGGCUAACUCAAGCACAUUGGCACAGACCCUGGAUGGCACUGUUUAAAUGAUCAGGUUUGGUUGUCUGUAAAAGCACUAGAGAAAACUCAGACACUGUGUUCUUUGUCAGUUUUAGAAGGUUACAAGAAGCAUUCAGCUCCGUAAUCUCUAAACCGUCACUUUUCAUAAUCAUUGUUCCAAAAAGUUCACAGUUAAACAAGACUGAUAGAAAGCAUAUAGUUUCAUCUCCUUGACAUUGUUUAAUUGGACGUAUUAUUUAUUUUCUUGCUUUGUAGUUUUAGCUGCAUCCUAGUCAAGUUUACUCGGUGGGGAGUAAAUGAAGCGACUAACUGUGAACUCUUGUUUUGCCUAGAAUUUGUUUCCUCUCUGUGAGACCUGCUAACUCUGGUUUUUAAGUGUUUUAUGUUUUAUCCCCCACUGAAGUGGUUCAUUUAACAUGAGGUUUGGACCUCUUCUCUGUCUCGGAUGCAGCUCGCGAACCUCUGUUGAAUUUCCUAGAGUGCUUUAUAUCAACAACCACAAGUGAAGUGUUAUUGACAUUACCAUGUAGGGCUGGGAAGAAUUUGUGACUAAAUGUAGCGUGUGAUGUAAUGUGAUGUUGUCCCUGAUGUGGGUGCCAGGGAGGUCUUCCCUGUUGCAUCAGUUCUCCUGAUUCUCCUGUUUCCUCCCUCAUGUCAACCUCCCUUCUCUCUCUGCUCCCCAUGGUAAUUAAACCUACGUGCUUAUGUGCACAAAACAAA